GGCUAUCCAUUUGGUCUGGUUCACGUUGGAGAGCAGCAAUUUCGGAUUUUAUUCGAUACGGGGGGCUUUACAAGGUGGCUUCUAUCCAGUAUGCUGCCAACAUCUUGUCACCCAACCAAGCAAAGAUAUGAUGUAACAUCAAAAACUUGCCACUCAAGUGGACUAACCUAUACUUUUUCUUAUCUUGAUGGUGUGCAAACUGGCAACGUCGUGACAGAUAACCUUGUGCUCGGAGGACAUCUCAUUCCGGAAUUUCUGUUUGUUGAAGUACUGCAUUCGACUUGUCAGUCGUCGCCUGGAGAAGAAUAUGACGGAUUAUUUGGGAUGCGCAAACCGCCUGGUGAUAGUCGAACAAGAAUUUUCGACCCAACGUUGGUAAAGCUUGCUGUACUUGCUGGACUGGCUGACAAAGAAGUGUUUACGUUUCAGUUCUGUGGGAUUGAGUAUGAUGACCAAAUAAUCUGUGAACUGUGCAAUUGCCUGAUCGACACUGGAACCCCAACUACAAUAAUGCCACAUGAAGCAGCCAACCGUAUUCUUCGGAAUUCUGAAAUAAAAGACAACGGCCAAGGCCUAUUCCAUGUUCUUCACGAAGACUUACCACGAGUCAAAGACUUGAAGAUAACAAUCGGAGUAUACGUGUUCGUACUACCACCAAAAGCAUUGCUGAUUCGAAAACCAAGGUACAAUAUUUAUGGACUGGCUCAUGUGCCUCAUUACCAGGAAGACAAAUGUAUAAUUGGAGUAUCUGUCCUUCGCAGUUUUGUUUCAAUAUUUGAUGAGAAAGACAGUCAAAUGGGUUUUGCUGUAGUCGCUUGUUGA